UUUUUAAAUUCCCGUAUUUUUAUAAAAAUAAACAUGUCAAAAUCAAAGCAGAAGAAUUGUUGCUGCACCCGGGAAUGUGGUCUAAUCACAGCUGGGAUUAUUGGAGCGAUACUUGUGAUUCUGGGAGGAAUGUUGGUGUUUAUAUUCGACACCGUGUACGAGAAUAUUGUCAAAAGGGAAUCUGUUAUUGCAAACAACACAGAUGCUUAUGCAGCAUGGUCAGCACCUCCGCCAUUGUAUUUUGAAUUGUACGUCUUCAAUUGUACGAAUCCCAAAGAAUAUCUUGCAGGAGCGGAGAAUGGUACUUACAUUAAACCACACUUUCAAGAGCUUGGGCCUUAUGUGUAUAAAGAAUUUCAAAAGAAAGACCAGAUGGAAUUUCUGGACACAGAACCAGAAGAGCUAAGAUACCGAUCAACAGCCAAAUACUACUUUGAACCUUCAUUGUCAAGCGGGAGUGAAGAUGACUUGGUCACAACCGUAAAUAUAAUUGCAACUGCUGUUCCAUCAAUUGUGGAAUACUGGAUAGCAACAGUGCCGCUCAAUGACACGACCGCAAGAGUUUUGCGAAGAACCGUAAAUAAAAUGAUCAACGACGCCGGUUCGGAGCUACUUUUUACAAAAACAGUCGGAGAACUUUUGUUCGGUUUCCAUGACGAACUUUUAUCUCUUAUAGUCAACACGAUCGAAUUGCUUCCCAUUGAAGGCUUACCUGAGGGAGAUUUGCCAGAGACUUUUGGACUUUUUUCAACGAUGAAUAACUCCGCAGGAUGGUACAACUAUACGAUCUACACAGGGAAGGAGAGUUACCUCUUAAUGAACAAGCUCAUUGCUUAUAAUGACAUCAGGGAACUUGAUUUCUGGUUUGGAGAAGAAUGCAACAUGAUAAAUGGAACAGAUGGAACAACUAUGCCAGCUUUUAUGAAUAAAGAUGAAACAAUGUAUAUAUUUGUGGAUGAUAUUUGUAGGUCCAUGUAUGCUGAAUUCUAUGAAGAAGUGAACAUUAAAGGCGUACCAGGAUGGGAAUACAGAAUCCCGCGACAAUUAUUCGAAGCGCCUAGUACUUAUGAACCCAAUGAAUGUUGGUGUCCUGAUCUCAGUUUGGAUGUCUGUCAACACAGCGGAGGAUUGCCACUUUCUUCAUGCUUAUAUGGUGCCCCAAUCUUCAUGACGUCACCUCACUUUUUGUACGCAGAAUAUUAUCUAGAUUUUGUUGAAGGCUUGGAACCAAAUGAAGAUGAUCAUGCCACUCCUUUAGUUUAUGAACCUAGCACAGGGAUCUGUAUCAGAGCUGACAAAAGGUUGCAAAUUAACAUGUACAUGAUGCCAUUUGAACAUUAUGACAUCAUGAACAAAUUCCCAGACAUGUAUUAUGUUUUCCCGAUUCUGUGGUUGAACGAAUCGUACAUUGUGAGUGACGAUGACGCAGCUUCUAUGUACAGGUACUUAGUCCAACCAGGAGAAUCAUUUGCGAUCACUCAAAUCGUUUUCUGCAUUGUUGGAUCAGUCUUAGUUGUUGCUGUCAUAUAUUUUGCCGCAGUGAUGCAUUUUAAUGAAAAGAAUAAAGGAAAUGAUAUUUCUUCUGAAGACUAUGAAACAAAACAAGAAAAAACGAAAUAUUCUCCAUCAAAUGGGAACACUUAUUAUGACAACGGGGGAAUGGAGAUGAAGGAAGAUGUUCCUGAAGAUAAAACAGAAUAUCGAGCUUACGAGAAUGUAGAAAAAGAUGUUCCAGUAACUCAAUUAUAGAACUCUUCAAAGACAAUUUCUGAAGUCAUCAUUCGCUUUAUUGAGAUUAAUUGACCAAAAUGUUUUUAAAAUGUUUUAUUCUUCUUAUUAUUAAGGUACGUCUUACAGUUUGAGAUGUCCAUAGAAAUGGUAUUCUUCCAUAAGGUAAUUUCAGUGGUGAGAUUCAAUUUUUUUGUCAGCCGGUUCCAUCACAAAAGUCAUAUUUUUCACCCGGUUCUGUUACAAAAAGUCAUUGACAGUAACCAGUAAUGCUAACCGGUUUGCUGAUCUCAUAAAAUUCUGUGAGACGGUUCCAUAGAACCGGUGCGAACCGGCUGAAUCCCACCACUGGUUAAUUUGUAGCAGGGCCAGAGUGGCUCUAGCUCCGUAGCUUCAUUUUUCACUUUCCAAAUAUUUUGGUAUGACCGCUACCAUGAAACAUCAUCCCAAAUGCAGUUUUAUGGUAACAUGAUUCAAAGUCAUGAUGCGAAGGAUUUAAAAAUUUUUAAUAGUUAACUUUUAAUAUAAAAUAUGAUUUGAAGGUGUUGAAUCAAUAUAUAUAUACAAUAAAGUCCCUCCACAAUUUCAAUUUUGUUAUGAAGUCAUUUCUCAAUAUACCUUAACCAUGUUUGUUGUUUUUUAAUCAGUAAUUGUUCAAGUAUUUUUACUUUAUUUAAUAUAUCUGUGAGGGCCAAAACAAUAUAUGGUAUCGAUAAAUUCUCUCCACAAUUUCAAAAUUUUUUAAGACUUUAUGGGCAUCCUAUAUUUGCUGAAAAAGAUAGAUUUUUCAUUUGUUUCAAGUAUUAGAAAAUUAUGACAAUGAAAAAAUAAUUCGAUCAACUUGGCCGCUAAAAUUGCUAGUUGCUCUCAUUCCAGGACCCCAACCCUAAUUUGUAUCAGUCAUAGCUCAGACCAACCCUCAAGAAAGCGGUAUAAAUCUGUACAUAGGCGCUGGUAUGUAUUGCAAAGGCUGUCUGUAUUCAUUUGACUCUCACGCCCUCUGAUUUAAUUUAUUGUUUUGUAUCGUUGUUUCCUGUGGUCUCGAAUUGCCAAAAUAAAAUAAGACCAAAUAUG